GCUCUGCACGUCCAUUUCGAUCUUCACGCUUUGGGCGCGGAAUACUCCGGUGCGGACGGAUAGUACGCGUGCUCAUCUCAUAAUGUUCCUCUACGAUUCUCCCUCAUAUCGCUCUCUGUCAAUACCACACUUUGCUGUGUGAGUCUUUGCUGCUUUGGACUUAUUCCAAUUCCAUCGGAAAUGGGAUCCUUAUCUUUCCGGUAUUUUCCCUCAUGCGACUUGGGUUCCCUUCACCAAAAGGUCUCUAUUAGACCUUGUUUGAAGAUAAUAUCUCUUUCCGGGUUUUGCCCCGAAAUGUUCAAGCUAAUCAAGGGGAAUUAUCAGCCACUCGCUUGCUACGGCGAGUUGCAGCUGUCUUAUUGCAUCACUAAAAUUCUACCCUUCUUGGACUGCUCCAUUAUUACACCUUGGUAUCAGACACGCUACAGUCUAGAUGGAAGAAAGUGCGUUAUGCCUUACAUUUCCACACUGUCAUUUUAGCUUCAACGAGAUCAUUGAGCUGCCGUUACCAUACGACUCACUGUAUGACUACAACGGAAUUUGUUUCAUUCUUACUUCUACCUGCACUGACGAAAAGGGCGUGCACGAGCAGCUCCUUGCUGGUGCUAAUAUGCCUCUUUACAACUCCAGAAAGCUAUUUCGCCAUGGCAUUUACGAGCUCGAACUUCAUCCUCUGGAAUCGCUUGGCGUAUAUCGGCUGGACGAGGUUGAGAAAGUCGUGCGGAAAGUUGAAUUCAACGCAAAACCCUUAGGGAUGGAUCAGUUGAACAAGUUACUGAAGACCAGCAGGAAGCAUGUUCGCAGCGAACUUCUGGAGACUCCCCUGGAUCGCUACGCUCGAUCUGACGCCGAGCUUGCGAUCGAGAAUGCCAAACGUGAUAGUGGCCGACUGUUUUUGAGUGUCGAAUUCCAGUUCUCGCGUAACCAUCCUAACUUGAGUAUUCCUGUCUUGUUCGAACGCCGAGAAAUAGAUCCUAUAACAUCCGAUGCUCGUUCGGAACGGUGGAAUCCCGUCGAUGAAAAAUAUUUCAAAAUGACUCGCAGUCUACGCAUUGCGGAUUUCGACCGUAAACGCAAGCCGAAUAAGGAGACACUGGACCGCUUGAAAGAUAUACUAGACCAGCCACCUUCUCGAGAUUUACCUGAAUCUGACGGCGAUCUUGUCUGGCAGUAUCGAUUCUACUUGUCAGAAAAGUAUCCUGAAGCCGCACUGGCGAAGUUCCUAUUGGCUGUCCGUUGGGAGUAUCCUGAGCAAGUUGAUCAGGCUGUCGCAUUAUUACUCCAGUGGCCGAGCGUUGCACCGGAGCAUGUUCUUGAACUGUUGAAUCGUCACUUUAUUCAUCCAGCUGUGCGCCGUUUUGCCGUGGCUCGAUUAGACGCGUCCAAAAAUGCCGAAAUUCUGCUGUAUCUGUACCAGUUGGUGCAGGCAUUGCAUUAUGAGAAUUGGCAUGACAUAUUCUCCGUUGGUGUGAAACAUAUUGUUGUUCCUGGGGAACCACUUGAAUUAUCUAAUGAACUGGAAUACCCACAUCAAGUGCAGACACCUACAGAAACUCCGUCUGCUCAACGACUGAUCUCCUUCACUGAGCCAAUACUGGAUGAUAUGGUUCAGAAUACGGAGGCGUCGUCCUGCCCGGAUCCACCGCUACCGCCGCAGCCGCCAGCAUCACAGCUCACAAUCGAUGGCGGUGGUAGAUGCAUCGAAGCACUGAAAAAUGUAUGGAAGGAGGACUUGGCAACUUUUUUAUUGCGUCGUGCUCUUUCUGAUUGGUCCAUAUCGAACUACCUCUACUGGUUUCUUCGGCUGGAAGCCAACAAAACACCGUCCUCGUCCAGCGAAAUGUAUGCACACAUUUUGCGCCGCCUUCAGGACGUUUUAACUCACGGCACUGACACCCAACAAUUAUGGUAUAGAGAACUUGUGCGGCAGACCAAGUUCGUGGACGACCUGCUCCGCUUGCUUCAGGCAGUCACUGAUGACUCCGGUAAUCGGAUCAGAAAAAUUGAGUUGCUUCGUACCUUUCUGUGCUCUGAAGACUACUCUUGCCUUACCCGACUAGAUGAACCCCUCUGUCUGCCCGUCAGUCCCGAUGUCAAGAUAUGUGGGAUUGAUCCUUCCUCCUCUAGCCUCUUCAAAAGUAGUCGGCGUCCGGCCUUUCUCUCUUUUCUCUUACCUGACGGAGAGCGGUACAAUGUGAUUUUCAAACAUGGUGAUGACUUACGUCGUGAUCAACUUGUUCUACAAAUGAUUGCGCUGAUGGAUACAAUUUUAAGGAAAGAGAACUUCGAUUUGAGGCUGACCCCGUACAAGGUAUUGGUUACUGGCAAUAGUCAUGGUUUCGUGCAGUUCAUCGAAUCCACAUCGAUACAGGACAUACUGCAACAGGGCACACUUCUUAGCUUCCUGCAGCAGAAUGCACCGAGCACAACUGAUCCACUAGGCGUGCAAAAAGAGGUCAUGGAGACUUACAUUCGAUCAUGUGCUGGUUAUUGCGUCAUCACUUAUUUACUGGGUGUGGGCGACAGACACAUGGAGAACUUGUUGCUCACCAAUGACGGUCGCCUGUUUCACAUCGAUUUCAGCUUCAUAUUUGGAAAUGACCCAAAACCUAUGGCAACUGAAGUUCGCUUAACUCGUAGCAUGAUUGAAGCGAUGGGUGGAGCCAAUACGAACCAGUUCAGUGAAUUUUGGAAGAUAACUUUCACUGCUUUCUUGGUGCUUCGGCGGCACGCGAAUUUGUUUCUCACUUUAUUCUCAUUGGUUUCGAAUAUGGACGUGCGAACCACUGCCAGGGACCAAAGCAGUGCUUGUGAAUUUUUGAAAGAACGCUUCUGCAUCAACCAAACAGAGGAACGUGCUGUCAAUCGGUUGACCAAUCGGAUGACAGAGUCCAUCAAAGCAAUUGUUCCUGAUAUAAUGGAACGCAUUCAUUCUUUAAUGCAGUACAUGCGGCCGUGAAUUCACCAACCCACCUUCCGAGUCUUUCACUAUUUGUCACCGCUCUGAUUGUUCACGUGGCUUGUACGGCGACGUGGCUGUGAAAACACUUAUUGUUUGCAAAUAACCUGUAUAUUUUUAUGAACGAUACAAAAGUUAUUUAAA